GUUCGUAUUUAGUUUUACGUCAUUGAGUAAAGUAAACAUACAACGUUUGUAAAUCACCCUUGAUUUUAUAAUUGGUAUUAUCCAAAAUAGAUAGGUGCAGCGACAAAACAGAUGUGAACUCUUCAAAGUAAAAGCAUUUGAUUUGAAGCGAAGGGAUACAGCGAUAAUUGUUCGUGAAGACGUAUUCUACCGAUUCCAAAAGCGUUCGGUUCAUUUGGACUGCGGAAUCGGAACAGAAAGGUGCUUCUGAAGCCUACGUUGCUUAGCUCGGUAACACACUGUUGAAGUGACAAGUCCUUGGCACUGAAAUGACUGGAAGAGCUAGAGCACGUUCAAGGGGGAGGGCCCGUGGACAGGAGCCCUCCCAGGCUGCAGCUCCUGGAAUGGCCCCAAAGCCUGCAGCAGAAGUGGGUCUUCCCCAACCUUCAGGGGAAGGGGAGCUGCUUGGUCGUGGAAGGCAGAAGGGCCCUCCGGGAGCAGUCAGACCUGAAGGCAUGCAGCUUCAAAUUUCAGCCGGUUUUCAACAAAUGAAGAUUGGAGAAAGAGGUGGACGACGCAGUGAUUUCCAUGAUACUGGAAUUCACACCAGGCAAGCUAUGGAGCAUGUCAAGGAGUCAAAGACAGGUGUUUCUGGAUCUACUAUCGAAUUAAGAGCAAAUUAUUUCCGCAUCAUCUCUCGGCCCCAGUGGGUUUUGUAUCAGUACCAUGUUGAUUACAACCCCCAGAUGGAAUCCCGUCGGCUCCGCUCUGCUCUCCUAUUCAAGCAUGAUGAAGUACUUGGUACAACACGUACCUUUGAUGGAAGCAUCUUAUUCUUGCCUCAUCGACUGCCAAACACUGUCACAGAAUUAUUCAGUGAAACACGAUCUGGUGAGAAUGUGAGGGUGACCGUAACAUUGACGAAUGAGUUGCCUCCAACCUCUCCUGUGUGCCUACAGUUUUACAAUAUUAUAUUCAGGAGGGUUUUGAGGAUCUUGAAUAUGCAGCAGAUAGGUCGUCAUUACUAUAACCCCAACGAUCCCCUGAAUAUCCCUCACCACAGGUUAAUGAUUUGGCCAGGUUUCACAACCUCCAUUCUGCAGUAUGAAUCCAGCAUCAUGCUCUGUACAGAUGUAAGCCACAAGGUCCUUCGUAGUGAAACUGUCCUGAGCUUCAUGUCCCAGUUGAGGCAGCAGUGUGGAGACCAGCGAUUUCCAGAAGCUUGCACCAAGGAACUUGUUGGGUUAAUUGUUCUGACCAGGUACAACAACAAAACCUAUAGGAUCGAUGACAUUGCUUGGGAAAAGACUCCAAAUAAUACUUUUAAGAAGGGAGAUAAGGACAUUUCUUUCAAGGAGUACUACAAGUCGCAAUAUAAUCUGGAUAUCUGUGACAACAACCAGGUUCUCCUGGUCAGCCAACUGAAGAGGCAGGGCCCUGCUGGUGGUGCUCCACGAGGACCAGCCCUGCUUGUUCCUGAAUUCUGUUACCUCACAGGUCUUACAGAUAAAAUGCGGAGUGACUUCAACAUUAUGAAGGACUUGUCAUCUCACACAAGACUAACUCCGGAACAGAGAGAGCAACGGAUGGACAGAUUCAUUACUAAUAUUAAUAGGGAUCCAAAUGCACAGGCAGAGUUGACCAGCUGGGGCCUAAACUUUGACAACAAACUUCUGUCUUUGAAAGCAAGAGUUCUUCCUACAGAAAGGAUCUCCCAAGGAGCAAAGAUUUACGAAUACAGUCCUUGGGUAGCAGAGUGGUCAAGGGAAAUGAGGGGUGCUCCGCUGAUAAGUACCAGACCACUGGAAAACUGGUUAAUGCUGUAUACUAGAAGAAACAUUGAUAGUGCCCAGGCUCUGCUUCAAGCUCUAAACAAAGUGUCACCACCACUAGGCAUCAGGGUGCAAAGGGCAUGCAUGAUCGAGAUUGAGGAUCGGCAGGAAUCCCUAAUGAGAGCCUUGCAGCAUAAUGUUAGUCCACAAACUCAGAUGGUGGUUUGCAUACUUCCUAACAAUCGCAAGGACAAGUAUGAUGCUGUGAAGAAGUUCUUGUGUGUUGACUGCCCCACCCCAAGCCAGUGUGUUGUGGCACGCACCUUAAGUAAACCUCAAGCACUCAUGACAAUUGCAACCAAAAUUGCUCUUCAGAUGAAUUGCAAGAUGGGAGGAGAAUUGUGGAGUGUUGAAAUUCCACUAAAGCAGCUAAUGAUCGUAGGAAUCGACUGUUACCAUGACAUUGUAGCUGGGAAACGAUCAAUUGCUGGAUUGGUGGCCAGCCUGAACCAGGGAAUGACAAGAUGGUUUUCUAAAUGUGUACUGCAAAGUCGAGGACAAGAGAUUGUGGAUGGACUAAAGAUUUCCCUGCAAGCUGCGUUGAAGGCUUGGUACAAGCACAACAACUGCCUGCCGUCUCGUAUAAUUGUCUACCGGGACGGAGUUGGUGAUGGACAACUUCAGAGUGUUGUCAGUUACGAAGUGCCACAGAUAAUGGGCUGUAUAAAAGCUCUUGGACAGGAUUACAAUCCCAAGCUGACCGUAGUUGUUGUGAAGAAACGUGUCAGUGCAAGAUUCUUUGCCCGCAUUGAUGGGAAGCCUUCUAAUCCACCACCUGGAACAGUCAUUGAUAAUGAUGUCACUAGACCCGAAUGGUAUGAUUUCUACAUUGUGAGCCAAGCUGUGCGUGUUGGUAGCGUGUCACCAACCCACUACAACGUGAUUUACGACAGCAGUGGUUUAAAGCCAGACUACAUGCAGCGCCUGACGUACAAAAUGUGUCACAUGUACUACAACUGGUCGGGAAUUGUAAGAGUACCAGCCCCUUGCCAGUAUGCACACAAACUGGCAUUCUUGGUUGGACAGAGUAUUCAUAGGGAACCCAACACAAACCUGGAUGACUUUCUGUAUUACUUGUAAGGACAAGGAAAUGGAUCAUGUUAUGUUUUUUCACAUUUAUUUGUAGUUUAUUUUAUACUUUUUUUAACCUGCAUUUAGUUAUUUGCAGCCAGGCGAUUUGCUGCCUUCAUUAGAACACAAAAGUUUAAGAAUGACAAAAGGCCAUUAAAUAAAUAAAUAUUUUAGUGCUCCUGUAGUUGCUAACAGUACAGUUGUACUGUAAUUGAUAUAUUUCUCCAAAAAUAUUUUGGAAUAGUUAAGAAAUUAACAAAUGCUUAAGUUUGACCCAUUUAGGUUUCCUCAAGUGGAUUUUUUUUUUUUUUGUGGAGGCGUCUUGAUCAGAAGUUUAACCUUUUAUUGAAAAUCUGAAGAUAUUGGAGGAUGAGCGAGGAAUAAAACACUUCUAGCUUCUUAUUUUACUUGAUUUUGAUCCAGAAUGCACAUUGAUUGCAGGAUCAUGGGCAGUUUGUGGGCCAUGUAGCUUGAAUAAAAGUACGACUCUUGCUGAUCUAUGUUUCUCCUACGAUGCUAAUGUGUAACGCUGUAAAAUAGAUUAUUAUGAAUGUACUGCAGGUCUGUAUUGAAUUUUAUUUUCCUACUAGUGUACCCAAUGGGAUUGUUGUGUACUUUUGUAAGUUACAUUGAUGUGAGUUUCAGUUUUGCACUCCACAGGGUUUUUGAGGAUAAGCACUUCAAUAAAUGACCACAUAAUAUUUUAUGGUAUAGUGAUUUUGUUUUCAAACUGUUCAAAAUCUCAAUGUAAGCCUCUAUUGGACCCAUUUAAAGAAGAAAGUUGAGUCACUUUUUGGUUGUUUUAAUCAGUUUCUGUUUUUAAAGUUUAACUGGACUGAUAUGAUUUAAAAUGACAGGGAGACUUGCUUACCCUUUUCACACAGCUGUCCUGGGUGUAGGAUUAUCUUGCUAUGGCUUCAGUGGUGUGUUCAUUUGGAGACGUUAAAUCAUUUUUCUUGACAUUUUUACUUUGCUCAGCUUAGUAUAGAUUUAAAAAAUUGACAUGAAAAUAAUUUAUUUUGGGUGAAAUAUGUCGGGUCUAUAAAUCUUCUCGUGUCAUGUACUUUGAGGCCAUCCUGUUUGCAGUGUUUUGUUAUACUAGAGGCUAUAGUUCCUAGAAUUGUUUAACUGGUUAUAAAUAAUGCCACUUGUCUUAACUUCUACCACUAGACUUUCUCUGAAGUAUUUUCGGCAGGAUGGAGUGUGCCAUCAAUGAAAAUUCUCUGCAUUCUGAUAAGAUUAAACUCUGUGGGGUCACCAGUGGCUCACCUGGUAAAAACACAACUGCAGGGAGUCCAGAGUCAUUUCAUUGAGAGGGCACUGGUCCAGCUCAGUGAGGCCAAACAGACUUUACAUGCUGGGCCUUGCAUCUGGGGUUCAGUAGCAUAAUAACUUUUGCUGCUUAGGUUCACAGGAUGAAAGUCAUUCACUUGUAUUGACAGUGGGAAUGGUGGUUGGCCAUUGAUGUUUAGUCCUCUUAUAUCAGUAGUGGUUUUCAAGGUGAUUUUUAAAUUGGACAUUAUAAAAAUGGGUUAAAAGAUUGAUAAGCCAUGUUUCUGGAUUAUUCUAAUUUUGUUGGCACUACUUCCUAAUUGAGCGAUAACUAAAAAUGAGAAAAUACUGGGGAAAUGUGUUCAGACUUAGUUGAGCCGAUUUGCUCUAUGUGAAUGUUUGGCAGUAACUCGUUACUGACCAUUGUCAAAACGGGUGCCUACAAAUAUCAAUACCCAAAUGUGUAUUCCAUUACUAUAGAACUGGUUAUAUUUUACUGUUAAAUAAACUUUGAAAAAUA